AUGAGCUCGUCGAGCAAGCAAAUCGAAGAACCGAUGCAGGAAGACUCUGCCAACGCUCAGUAAGCUCCUAACAAUCAAAAAAAAACGAAAAAUCUAUUAUAGAAAGCAAAAAUCGGCGAAUCCGACCGAAAACCGUCCAUUUGCGCUCAAAAAGUGGAAUGCGUUGGCGAUCUGGGCGUGGGACGUCGAAUGUGACACCUGUGCCAUCUGCAGAGUCCACUUAAUGGGUUUGUUUGCGAUUUUACAGACAUCAAUAUGAUCGAGUUUUGGAGAGACAUUAAAAAAACCACUUAUCGCAGAUUUGAGAUGAGGCUACGCCGAGAGCCAGAACUGUCCCGAAUUAGAACCUACCUGCAGGUAAUUCUUGUUACAAAAAGUCAUGUUCUGACGGGUUCUGGACAGUUCUGGCUUGGCGUAGACUCCCUGAGAUUGUCGGGAGUUAACGUUAAAAAGUUUUUUAGAAACAGAAAUAGUUUGACUGAGGUUAUACUGUUGAAAACGAAAAGGUUCGACAUUCGAAUCAGAGUUGGCAGCGAGCCAAGGACACGCCCCCCAAACAGCGUGCGCAGUUGCAGUGAAAACUGUUUUUGGGGGGGGGGGGGGCGUGUCCUUGGCUCGCGGCCAACUCCGAUUCGAAUGUCGAACCAUUUUUUCAACAGUAAUUAGAUUCAGAAAACUCGGAGAAUCUAUAGAAAAACAAAAUAAGAACCACUGAAAAUUUGGAUAAAAAUAUCAUCAAAAUUCGAUCUAUUAUCCAUAUAUCAAUCAAUAUAUAUCGAUCGUGAAGAUAAACAUGGACUUUUUGAGAAACAGAAAAAUAUAUUCAAUUCAAAAGUUUUCCCAAAAGUGGAACAAAACAUCGACUAAAACGUAUUUCUUUUUUCAGAAGAGUGUCUGCGAUGCCAAUCGGAGCCGUCGGCCGAGUGCUACGUGGUGUGGGGCGACUGCAAUCACUCGUUCCACCACUGCUGCAUGACGCAGUGGGUCCGACAGAACAACCGAUGUCCGCUCUGCCAGAAGGACUGGGUCGUCAGCCGCACCAGCAAGUGA